CGAACUCUUUAGUUUUCUUCUCUCUCUCUCUCUCUCUCUCUCCCUCUAUCUGCCAAUCACUUUGUAUAUUCCAUUUCACUUUAUAUUAUUUCCUUUUGCAAGACAAAUCACACGAAAUUAUCACAUUUCAUGUGACCAUGUCCAAGGUUCUCGAGCCCCUAGAAGAAGAGAAAGUAGAACAUAAACCAAGAAAACAAGAAGAAGAAGAAGAAGAAGAAUUGAAGCACGAAGAGGUGUUAGGAUCUUUGUGUACACCAACUUCAAGUGAUCAUAAGAUUCCGGAGCUGGAUACUUGUCCUCCGGCGCCAAGAAAGCGACCGCGCGAGGUUCCUCCGACAAAGAAGAGAAGAUUGUCUAAAGAUCUUCGGUUGUUCGAAGCCACCGACGUUGGGAGCCACGAGGUAGAGACUCUCUUUGUCCAUAACCCAAACCCUGUCCGUAAAAAACGGAGGAGUAAUAGCGCGUGAAUCUUUGCUGUGUUUCUUCUUCUCCACAAACUUGAUUGUGUAGAUUCAUCGAUCCUUUCUAUACCUAUAAUAUUUAACUCGUUUCGUGUUUUAUUUAUUUCUUUUGAUGGGAUUGUAACUCUGUUUAUGUACAGAGGUUUUGUUAAUAUAUAUCGAUCUUGUGUAUGUCUCUUACAAUUUGAUUAUCAUGUCUCAAAAUAUGAUAUGGAUUUUUGUUUGUAAGAUUUAGCAAUAAAAUAACUUAAGAGAUAAGAGUAAUAGUGGGUGAAGUUUUAUUUUUUCUUAA